UUCAUAACAAAAUCCAAUCCCUUAAUUUGCUUUCAUUUCAUCUUUAUUGGUGUUUACCUUCCUCCCUCGGAAAUAAAAACAAAAAAGUCAAUGGAGGACAAGUCGCUUAUAAAUAUUUUGUUUUAUUGAUGGCAAUAUGUUUUAAAAAGAGAUAAUGUCAACCCUUGUCGUUGUCCCCCUCUUCAACGAAAACGAAAGAAGAACGCACCUUGUUGUUGAUUGCGCCGCUGCCCUCGACUCCGAGAAAUAACACGACAGCAACAACAGCAAUAAUAAUCAUAAAAAAACAACAGCCGAUAAGUUGUUAAUACAUCAAGUUUUGGUUAAAUUGUUUAAUAUCGUUCGUCCGCCGUGCAUAACACAACAAUUACCAAAUAUUUGUCGCUCACGGGGAUCAAAGUACUGCGCGAUAAUAGAGGCUAGAAUAAGCUCAAUACGUUCAACACUGGUGGGAAAUUCUACAAAAACGUGAAGUCUUUGGGAAAGAAAUAAAGUGAGAUGAGUGGAAAAGUGAAAUACGUUGGUGCGAUUGAUGAGGGCACGUCAUCAGCUCGUUUCAUUAUUUUUAAAGCUGGCACAGAUGAAGUUGUGUGUUACCAUCAAGUAGAAGUUCCCUCGAUCUAUCCCCAAGAAGGAUGGGUUGAACAAGACCCAGUGCUUAUCUAUGACAUUGUGAAGACCUGCAUUGACGAGGCCUGUGUCAAAUUGGAGAAAUUGGGUGGCAAUGUAAAGGACAUCGUUGCCGUGGGUGUCACCAAUCAACGAGAGUCUGUAAUUGUAUGGAAUCGCCAUACCGGAGAACCUCUACACAAUGCCAUUAUAUGGUUGGAUAAUCGUACCACGACCACAGUGGAUGAUCUAAUCGAAUCAAUACCCAAUAAUUCCAAAAAUAUUAACUAUCUGAAGCCAUUGUGUGGCCUUCCCCUAUCACCUUACUUUUCAGCACUGAAAUUACGCUGGUUGCGUGACAAUGUACCGGCCGUUAAGAAGGCUAUGGAUCAUGGUGAUGUUAUGUUCGGAACAAUUGAUUCUUGGUUAAUUUACAAUUUAACUGGUGGUGCCAAAAAUGGGGGACUUCACAUAACCGAUGUCACAAAUGCCUCACGUACCAUGCUAAUGAAUAUUGAAACUCUGCAAUGGGAUCCCCAUCUAUUGAAAUUCUUUGGUUUGCCCAAUACCAUUUUACCCAAAAUUGUAUCAAGUUCAGAGGUCUAUGGCCUGGUUAAAGAUACCGAUAUUAAGGGUAUACCGAUUACGGCAUGUUUGGGCGAUCAACAGGCUGCGCUGGUGGGACAACAGUGUUUGCAUAGAGGUCAAGCCAAGGCAACAUAUGGUACAGGGUGUUUCCUACUCUACAAUACCGGAACAGCCAUAGUAACUUCAUCGCAUGGUUUGUUGACAACUGUGGGCUAUCAGUUUGGUAAGGAUUCGAAUCCAAUAUACGCCUUGGAAGGAAGUGUGGCCAUUGCUGGUGUGGCCCUUACUUGGCUGAGAGAUAAUUUGGGUUUGUUUGAGUCUUUGGGGCAAGUGGAGGCUAUGGCUCGUUUGGUGGACAAUUCAUUGGAUGUGUAUUUUGUGCCAGCAUUUAGUGGUCUCUAUGCGCCCUACUGGAAUCAGGAGGCUAGAGGUGUCAUCUGUGGUCUAAGCGAAGAGACCACCAGUGAGCACAUUGUACGAGCCACCCUGGAAUCCAUAUGCUUCCAAGUUCGUGAUAUUUUAGAUUCUAUGAAAAAAGAUUGCGGCAUUCCCCUGGCCAAGUUAAUGGUGGAUGGCGGUAUGACCGUUAAUUCCCUGUUCCUGCAAUUGCAAUCCGAUUUGGUCGGUAUAAAUGUGAUACGCUCAAAAAUUGCCGAGACCACAGCCUUGGGAGUGGCAUUGGCUGCAUAUCGUGCCAUAGAACCCUCGUUCAAUAUCGAAGAAGGCUUGUCGGCGGGCGAGGAGCGCAUUAAAUAUAAACCCAUAAUAUCGGAAAAUGAAAGAGAUAUGCGUUAUCAUAAAUGGAAAAUGGCCGUGGAACGUUCGAUUGGUUGGGACACCUCAGCUGCGGUGAGCGGUAAUCGUGAUUUGUUUGACUAGUUUUAUUUUUUUAAUUAAAUUAAAUUCAAUGAUGCCUAUAAAUGAGUUUGGUAAAUAAAGUGGAGAUGAAAAAUGUAA